AAUAAAAACACAAAAUUGUUUGUAAAGACCUGGAGAACAAACAGCAAACAUGGCAAUGUUGCAAAAGCAAGGUGCUGCAACUACCGAGUUGGAUCCGGGGUCGAGUGGAUGUUGCUGCAACUGCCAACGGAAACUGGAUCCAUAUCAGUUGUUCGACGAAAAUGUCGAGGACAUUGCCAAGAGUCUGGCCCAGAUCAUGGUCGUUUGUGGCAUCAACACGGGUCGGGCCUACAAUGCCAGAUCGAUCAUCAAGCGGGCGUUCAUCUAUCACGAGAAGCUGCGCACCCGAUGUCCUGCCAAUCCCCCCGAAGGGACACAUUUGCGGCGCGAGGAUCUGUUGCAGGCGCUGCAAAUCAAGUGCGAGAUGGGCAACGUGGAGGCGAUGCUCACGUAUGCGAUCAUCAAACGGGCCUUCAAGGCAUUCUUUCACGGCAAACCGGACCGGACGAUCAGUAAUCCCAUUGUGGAUGCCAUGGCCAUAAGCACACAGAAGGCCGCCUGGAUGCAUGCCGCCUACAGGACAGCGAAAAUCUUUGACAACUAUCGGCCGGCAUUCUUCUGGGCACACAAGGCUUUCGAGAAGCAGAUCAACAUUGUCUAUCGUGACCUAUACGAACGCAUGAGCGCCAGGGCGAAUCCUCUAGCGGUGCCCAACUGUAGCUGCCCCAAGUGCGCCAGGCAGUCGGUUCCGGGACAUCCCAAGCCUGGCGAACGUGUGCGCGAAAAAUUCAAGCUGGCGGACUGCGCUGAUCUGCCCCAGGCGUGCAUUGUAUGCGGUCUUCAGGUGCCCAAGAUUAGGUCUAACGUGAAGCGACCACGACCCAUUCUCAAUCACGAGUCGAAGUUUCCUCGUUGCCACAAGUGCAACGCGCCGAGGCUCAUCUGUGAGUGCAACAUUGAUCAGUUGACGGGCGAAUUGUAUGGCGAAUGCGGUCAGGACUCCUACAAGGUCAAAUGGUAUCGCCUCGAACAGGAGCAGAAGCCACCACCAGCGGAGUCCAAGCUGAAGAAAUCUAUAUCCGAUGCGGAAGAGAGCAGCUAUGAAGAUGCCAAGGAGCCCGAUUGGGAGGAUCAUCAUUGCCCCAUCGAUUGUGUGCACAACGAGUACAGUGAGUCCUCGAAUGUGUGUCACGAGCACAAUCCCACCAGCCUCUCGCAAGGCAGUGACACCUCUUUCACCACCUGCUCCGAAAGCGAAGAUACGGUCGAUAAGCUCGAACGCUAUCUGAACACUCUGUGGGCCGAGGAAUUGGCAGUCACAAAUAAUCCCAAGACCUAUGUGGCCAACACCAAAGUGUCACCCUGCGGACCUUGCAAGCGACUAUCAACUUGAUGUGGCCAUAUCUGUCUGUCAGUUCUAAAAGUAUAUUCAUCAAAUUUAAAGUAUACACAUAUUCGCUUACCAAGUUUUCCGAAUCAAACUUACUAAAUAUGCGUGAGAAUUCUUCCCCAUUGUUGGACAAAGUAUCAUCAACUUCGGACUACUAUAUCAAAUAGAUUUCAUAUAAUCGUCGGCUUA